AUUUCGUUGAAGACGAACUGUGUCAUGAAGCGGCCUGAUUUUCCUUCUACAGCAAGCUUGGCGGACAGCGCAAGCUUGGCGGAUAAACUGUGGUAUUCGUCGCUUCAGGACUGUGCGCACUAGCCAUACCUGGACUGGGUACCAUUUGUUUCGCCUUGCGAUCGUCAGCUCUGCCUAGUUGCGGCCUUCGUUUCCCGGGAGGGUGCUUGCAUCAAGAUGGCGCUGAAUACAUUGGAGAAGGCUGCCAGUGCCGGCUGUCUAGCCGAUAUUGAACAGGCGAUGAAAAGUGGUAGCAAGCUCAGCGCGGCGUUGCGAAAAUGCAUCGAUCCCGCGUCUACGGGGAAACCUCCAGCGCAUGAGACGAGGAACUCGCGCAGAAUCUUGGCGCAAAAUGGCCACCAUCUGUAUCGCAUGGGUGACACGAGCCUCCCGGUACUACUUACUUUCUUCUUAUCAUGUCGGAUGAUAUUAUUAAUCUAAGUAUGCUCUUCGUGAAGUUAGUGCUGGACCAGUAUGUGGUAAGUAAAACUAUCCACGCACAUGCAGAUCGAAGUGAUAAUCGAGCGACCUCGUUUCGGUGGACCGGCGCGGCAUAUCACUGUGCAUGGGGAUGCCAAUGUCGGUGAGAUAAAGUUUCCGGCGAACCCGAAAGUGAACCAGAUGUCAGAAGGCAGUAAUUUUGAGGGUUUUCCAGCCUAUGAUCAGGAUAAGACCCCCGCCGCGCUCAAGAAUUUGUACCAGAAGUUUCCGCGUUCGAGCAACGCUAUGGCAGGGCUUUUGGGAGCCUAUUAUAUGGGCUGGAACGAGUACGGGUACACGUUUGAUGGAGAGAACGCGAAGCGAAUGUUUCCAACGACUAGCGACGUAUCGGUGGCCCCAGGCAAGGAAGAUGCGAGACGCGCUGCCGGGAUUUUUAGCGCACCAAUGCGAGACCCGGAUCGUGUCAAGCUGGAACAAGAAGAAGAAAGUAACAUGAAAAAUGAUGCGGUUCUCGUGCGGAAUGGUGUCUACUUUCUUAGGGCGCGAAAUGAUAAUGACUUCUGCUUCAAUCUGAUCAUGUUAGUUCCGAAUUAGCUACAACGAACUAGAUAAAGAUGAUGGCGAUCCCCAAAAACCAGAGGUCGUUGAGUCAUAGAAGAUUGAUAUUACUGAACAUCCACAUCCAGGUUAAGUAUUGGAAAAUCUCUGUCUUCAAUGAAUAUUCUCUAAUUUGUCCUGGAAGCGUGGACUAACGGCUGAGCGCGCAUCUAUGCAUGCCAUCAAGGAGGCAACCCGAAUGGGAAAGAAUGCCGGAGUAUGGCGCUCACAAUUGGGGGUAGGUCGCAACAACUUUUUGAACCGCUUUAUUCCACAAGAAGACACGCCGCUUUCCUUUCGCAAUCCCGCAGCAAUGGGUACUAGUGAGGGCGACCAGAACGAGUUGUGGGGUAGUAUAGCCGACAAUGCGUUGCGCAUGGCGAAAUUCUACGACUAUUUUCAACUUCCGUUCGUCUAUCAGGGUCCGCGAAAAAAGCAGCAUGUGGCGCCCAUACGCAUUACUGUGGCAGUCGAGGGACCAUUCUCGAGUUGGGACGAUCUUCCGACAUUCGCGAUAAAGCUCCUGCCCCCGCCCUCGGGCAAGCUGAACGCGAUGGCUGCGCGGAUCGUCUCGCCGGACGUUGAAACCAGGAUAGUGCCAGAGGGAAGCUUCCUCUAGUGAACCUCACACGCAGCUACGGUGAAUGAUGUCCAACAAAACGCGAAUGAAGAUCACGCAAGCAAAUCCUGAACUACCUAGAUCGGUUUCGCAACCAGAGAAGAGAAGGCUAGCCGACCCAGCAAGGCAAGCUUAGAGAGGCAAUUACAGUUUUGCCUGGCUGUUGUAGUAGCACCUUCUACAAGAACUACCACUCGAACUCUUUCCACGCGCCAUGGAUACAACAACGGAGUUCGACUUCUUGAACUACUCGAGCACCACCGUCACCGGGAUAAUCAAUGCAAGAACAAAGUCUCGCCGGAUAACACCGAGCAGCUGCUAAACUCAAAAAAUAACCGUCGUAGCGGUAGCACAUCCACCGACUUUUUCUGGCACUUACAAAGCGUGAAGGCAAUCCAUCGCACACUGGCAAAGGGGAUAUUUAUACAAUGUGAUCAAUGACGCGUUCAUAUUUUCUCAUGAGGUGCGUUUAUUAGCAGAAAUUUAUACGCAGAUCAUGCUAGCUUAAGUACUGAUGGUGAUGCGGCAUCUUCGACGAUGGCACUGGCAGAAUCCUCUACCUGAAUAGCAUAGAAAGUCGCGAAUGUCGACAGGAAGGACGCGGCUGGGUGACAAAACGAGAACUAAGGUCAAUGAAAAACGAUGACGACAUGACCGGAGCAGUGGAACCAUACAAAGUCGGCUGUUGGAGCAAACCACACACGGAAUGAUACUUGAUGACAUGAUAGCUCAAGCUCUCCUCUGAAUACCUUUCUCUCUCAGCACGCAGAGACUGGGCAGAUACGAGGCGUCCUCGAAUCGUCGUCGUGUAUAGUGGUGGCCUCAAUUUCUUGAAUAGUACUCACGACAACACUUCUCAGACCUAUGAUUUAUUUGUAUUGACUUUCAGCGGUGGACGUACAAUUACACUUCUACUAACUAAUUUGUUGAAUGAAAUCCUUUUAGAUGCAGAU